AUGGCACUGAGGCCUAUUGAUAAUGCGUUGCCCAUAACAGCGGAACGACCCAAAAAGCAAGCCAAAAUCUCCGUCCCGCCCCCUAAGGAGAAGCCCAAUUUCGGUGUAAACGAUGAAAACAAUGUGCCUAUGCCACCACCCAUAACUGCAGAUUCCUCCAUUGACUAUAUCCCCUCUGAAAAUCUCAAACCAUUCCCUGAUCCAGAUUUGAAAAUUCAGGGUCUUGUUGGAGGGUUAGAGUCAAAAGAUUGGUUGAAGGUUUGUGAAUCAUUGAAUGAUGCUAGACAAUUGGCACUCUUUCACUCCGAUAUCCUGCUUCCAGAUUUGGAAAAGGUGAUGAUGGUUAUAGCGAAGGCUAUGAAGAAUCCAAGAAGUGCUUUGUGCAAGACCUCUAUCAUGGCUUCCUCAGAUAUCUUCAAGGCCUUUGGUGAAAAAUUACUCGAACCCGGAAUCUCUAACGUCUUCGACAAUCUGCUGUUGCAACUAUUGCUGAAAGCUUCUCAAGACAAGAAAUUUGUUUGUGAAGAGGCAGAUAGGACACUGAAGACAAUGGUGGAGUCCAUGAGCCCUCUUCUUUUGCUUCACAAACUCCGGGCCUAUGUCGGCCACUUUAAUCUCAGAGUCAGAGCAAAAGCUGCUGUUUCAAUUUCUAACUGUGUAUCUAAGAUGGACUUGGAAGGGAUGAAAGAAUUUGGGCUGGCGGAACUGAUUCAAACUGCAGCAAAUUUGUUAAAUGACAAACUCCCCGAGGCAAGAGAGGCGGCUCGAAGUAUUGUAAUUUCGUCGUACGAAGCACUUGUAGAGAACGAAGAAGAGAAGCAAGAGUAUUGGCAAAGCUUUUGCCAGUCUAAUCUUCCAGCAAUUCAUGCACAAGCUAUAGUCAAAAUUGUUUCAUCUUAG